CAUAAAAACCAUAGCGAUAUAAAAGUAACUCUUUUUUGUAAACAAGGCUCUAAGGAAAAUCCAAAAAUACAUUUGUAUAUAAAACACGUCGGCAAAUAACUAAAUGUGGCAUUAGGCUUUUAGAAAUUGCAAAGAACUUCAUUCCAAUUAAAAUGUCAAAAUUCUAUCUAACUUUCAAGUUUUUGGUUGUAGUCCUGGUGCUUGCUGGAAACUCGGCACAGGCUCUUGACACUGACUAUGAUAUCGGUAUGGUCAAGGAACUUAUCGACCAACUCACUGAGGAACGCAAGGUUAUCUUAUGUGUGGCUAAUAGUUGUGAUCCCCUGGCUUUCAACAAGUUAAAUGAAAUCGCUGACGAAUCAGAAGAUUUUAUAAGUAGCAAAGUUGGAUUUAUAGAAACACCCGAAUUUGAGACCUACAAAAUUGAUAAAAGUUUUGAAGUUUUCUUACCCAAGCUAUUGGCUCUUGUACCCGAAUGCAAAGAUACAUCGCACGUUUGCCCUCACAAAGUAUUUGCCCCGGCUCCAAAAUAUGUUUUUGACUACACCAAUGCAACGAAGAACAUGAUUGAAGCUAGCAAGUGUAUAACCCUGGAUCGCGUACCAGAAGCUAUUGAUAUUAUAGCUAAAUCUGUAAGCUAUUUGGAACAAUAUAAGGAUCAUAAGCGAAACUAUCUUGAGAGAGCAUUGCCCGCCAUUACAUAUGCCACCAACGAAUUUAGAAAAUUCUGUUUGAAAGUUUAGACUUUUGCACAGAAUGAAAUCGCAGAAUUUUACUUUUUAGCGAAAAGUUUUUGGAAAAUUUUGAGAAAAAUAAAAAAGAACAGUUUUUGGAUGAAUUACACAGUGCAUGGGGGGUCCCUAUGCACUGAGCUAAAAACUUGUAUAGGACA